AUUCUGUUGAUACUAUCACAGAAAACUCUACUGAGUAUUUUAAUAUCACUGAAAGAAUAGAAAUGGGAAAGAUGGCCAUGCUGUUUUUUAAUAAAAUUGGUGUUAACAUUUUCUACGUUUGUAUCGCUAUAUAUUUAUAUGGAGAUCUUGCAAUCUAUGCAGCAGCUGUUUCAAAGUCUUUGAAGGAUGUAACAUGUAUUUAUACGCCAAGUGGAGCUUGCAAUGUUACAAAGAACAAUUCUAUUUCUUGUUGGAAUCCUGAUAUUCCAGUCACCAGAGGAGAUGCUUACAGAAUUUAUUUGCUUUCAUUUUUGCUUUUACUUGGACCUUUUACAUUUUUUAAUGUUCAAAAGACCAAAUAUUUACAAGUCUUUACUUCAUUAAUGAGAUGGUUAGCAUUUUCUACCAUGAUAAUCCUGGCAGCUACAGCUAUAAUUAAGGGAAAAGGUAAGGGACACCCACCUAUUGCCAGCCUCAGUGGCGUGCCUAACUUAUUUGGAGUCUGCGUGUAUUCUUUCAUGUGCCACCAUUCUCUCCCUUCACUCAUCACUCCAAUUCGUGAUAAAAGCCGCAUUUUUCGGCUUUUCGUGAUUGACUACUCUCUCAUUCUCGUCUUCUAUUGCCUUCUUUCAUUUACAGGCAUUUUUGCUUUCGACCAAAUCAGAGAUGUGUAUACCUUGAAUUUUGAACCCCAAAACUGUAACACCUCUUCCACGGAGGAAAGCAUAGUGCCAGAAAGCGCAGACUUUCUUCGAUAUUUCCUCGCUCUCUUUCCUGUGUUCACAUUGAGCACAAACUUCCCAAUAAUUGCAAUAACUCUGCGAAACAACCUAAAAUCUAUUUUUUUAAAUGAUAACAGGAAUUAUUCAUUUUUUGUUCAGAAACUUCUGUUCCCCCUUCUGGCUGUGGUGCCGCCUAUGGCCAUUGCUUUCAUCACGGAAGACCUGACUAUUCUUGUAGGAAUCACUGGAUCUUAUGCGGGGGCUGCAAUUCAGUAUAUAAUUCCUGCACUUUUAGUUCUUUACUCCAGAAAAUCUAUCUUAGCAUCAUUAGGAGUGGGCGUGACAAACAGACAUGCAUCUCCAUUUCGGCAUGUGGCUUGGAUUUAUUUUGUGUUGUUCUGGGCAGCAAUGUGCAUUGUUUUUGUAACUGUUAAUCAUAUCAUCACACAAAAAUAAAUACUGACAUCCAUUGUAAGAAACGUACAAUUAUUAGGAGUUUGAAAACCUUUAACCGAGCUAGUCAUAUAAUGAAAUAUAUCUUUUAUUAUUUCAAUGAAAUGUAGUAAUAUGAUAGCUCUAUAAUUUUUAUGGAAAUAUGUACAGUCGAACCCCGCUAUAUUGAAUCAGGGAUAUAUAAUGAACACUUGAUUGUGAUGAACAUUUUUAGUGAUCUCUUAUGAACUCUCAUUUGAAUGACAUUAUUUUUAAACGUUUAUAGUGGGCAACUGAAAGAUUAAUGGUAAUUCACUUAUAGUUGUCUCUAAUUUCAUUUUCUCAAUUUUUUUCAUCUUAAGUUUGCAGGAAUUGUGAUUGUGUUGUGUCAAAUUUUACUCUUUCAUGUCCUUUGCUUUUAAACUAGCACAAACAAGCUGUUAAGCAGAAAAUUUGAUAUCUUUUAUCCCAGAAGUGAAAUUGGCAUUAAAUAUUCUGAAUUGUUUUUUUCUUUGCAGAAAUUGUUGACUAGGAAAUUCUUCACUCAUUGUUGAUAGGAAAAUUGGUGAACUCUACUUAAAAUCAAAUUGUAGUUAAUCAAAAAAUCAAUUAGUUAGGUUAAAAAAUUAAUUAGUUUCAUUUUUAUUUAAUUUAUUAUCUAUUAAAUAAGGUGAUAAUUUAUAAACAAAUUAUCUUCGACUGUAAUUGUUAUUUCCAACAAUACUAUUGUCAUAUGCUAAAAAAAUAAUUUUUCAAAGAAUUCGAAUAUCAUGAGACAUUAUUUAUUUAUAGAUCCACAGACAGUUCACUAUAAUGGGGUUUAACUGCAUAUAUAUAAAUAAUUUAUGCAGUUUUAGUCUCUAAAUCAAUUACGCAAAAAUAUAUUUUGACUUCCAUUGUAAAAAAUAGAAUUUCUAAUCUCAUUUAAUAAAUUUGCAAAUCUUUAUAACAAGUUUUUGCAGUUUUUAAAAAAAAUGCAAGUGUGCCAUUACUGUAGAAUUUUGAUUAUUUUUCAUUGUAUUUUUUGUGCCAUUUUUCAUAACAAUAUUUUAAUGCAAUCUUGUUAAUCAGUUUAUUGGAUUUAUGUCAUUAAAUAAAUAACAUAAUGAUAACAAUGCAAUUUUUUCACUUAAAAUUUCAAUUCAUUUCAUUUUUUAAAAAUAAUAUGUUAUUUGUAAGUUCAUUUGAAAGGUUGGUAAUUAAGUCACAAAGUCAUCUCUCCAGUUUAUAAAUUCAUUUUAAUGUUAAUUCCAUAUUUAGGUUUACAAGUAAAUUGCAGGUAGCAAAAUAUUUAUUUUAUAUUUUAAAUUAAAAUUGUACUAAUAUAUUUGAUAAAUGAACUUCUCUUAUUUUUUAUUUAUUUAUUGUAUUUAAAAAGAAAUUUCAGCAAUAGUACAAUAUUCUUCGCUUAAAAUUAAACUAUAUAACUGGAACUGUGACAUUCCAUAUUUUAAAUAUAAUUAUUGUUAUUUUAUAUUCAAUUAUAUAUUUUUUAAUUAACAAAAAAUAAAUUUUUUCCUUGUGUUGUAGACAUGCUUUUAUUUUUUUUAUUAUAAAGUGUAUGAGUAAAUGUCAUUUAAUGGUGCCAUAAUAUCUUACCGUUAAAGGAAAUUUUGAGUUUAAAUGAGUGUGAUUGGGUGCUUAAAUUUAUCUUUUGUUGUGUAGAAUAUAAACAAUAUACAUAUUAGAUUUAUAAGAUGGACGCUUUAAUAUUUGCUACGACUGCAUCUCGUUAAUACUCAUGAUGAAAUCGCUUAUAUCAGGAGCUUGAUUUUAUUAUUUAAUUUAGGUCAAUCUUAUUAGAAACUGUUAUUUACGCUCACGAUAUUUUGUUUAUUCUUUCUUGUUAAUUUUUUUGUUUUAUUUUGUUAUUGCGGGUAUGCAAUUUUUCAAAGAAUCUUUAUAUUUAUCGUCUUCUUUCAUUCAUUGGUUGUUACUGGUUUAUUAAUAAUAUGUAUAUCAUUCAAUGAUGAAUUCUGAUUUAACUCUAUUAGUAGCUUUAACAUUAUUGAAGUUUUGUUAAGUGUUGAAGAAUUUUUUGUAAAAAAAUUCUACUUUCUCUAUCUUUUUUUUUUUCUUUCAAAUUAUUUUUUAUGCUGUUUUGUUUAAUUUACUCUGUUUUGCUAAAUACUUGUAAUUCUCUAUUAGUAUUAAUCUAUUAUACCCUAAAUUGCCAGUUUAUUUUCGAAUUUAUUAAUUUGUAAUUAUUGUUUUUUAGUCCUUAAUUUAUUGACUACCUUUAAUUAAAUGUUUAUUGACGCUAGUUUUAGCGGAACCGUCAGUAAGUAAACUAAUGAAGCCUGUGAUAAAUUUAGAAAAAGUAAUACUCUUUCUGAAAUUUGAAAUUAGUGUGUUUCAUAAAAUUUUAGAAUUAUUUAACCCAAUACCAAUCCCAAGUAUUUAAUACAUUGUAUAUCACUUUCAAAAAUCUUAAAAUUACACACAUACCUAAAUUAUUAGUUUUGAUUCCUUUUUUUUUACAUUUUUUUAAAA